GGAGAAGUUCCGGUAACACAUGACAUGACCGGUCACCCAUCUGAUACAAGAACAUCGACGAAUACUAGUAAUUUGUUUUUCUUUGUUUUUUUUUUUUUAAUUAUUACAUGGGACAAAAUAAGAUCAUAUAUCCUUUCUAAAAAUUCAUUAGUUCAUACUGUACGCGCCAUUGACUGAUAAGUGUAGGGACCAGCUAAUAGGCUGAGGGUUAAAUUAUUAUUAUUUUUAUAUCAGCACUGACACUCGGUGACACUGAGUGACUGUGUGUAAUAACUGUAACUGUGUAAUGUGACCGACUGCCUCUGUUCAAAUCAGUGUUGACAGUUAAUUUAAUUUAAUGAUAAUCAUAAUGAAUGAUAGCUGAUCAGAUCAGGUCUAAAUAUAGGUAUACCCUAAAUUUAUUAUCAAUAAAUGCCUACAAUUACAAUGCUUGAUUAAAGUUACAACCUCGCCUCAUACAUAGGCAAACUAAUAGUAAUAACUAGGACUAAACAAAAGUUAUUUUUUAUCAUUUCAUUCAUUAUGCCUCCUAAAUGGCAAUGGGCAUCUAUACAGCUGUAGUAUUUUUAUAUUUUUAAAAAUGUUUUGACACUUUCAUCAAAGUGCCUACAAAGGCCAAAAUGGGGUAAAAUAAACAAAAUAAAAGCGAAAUACUAAAUAAAUUUGAGUAAACUUAAAAAAAAUUGACUCAACAUUUGGGUUAUAAUGGCAAAGAAAAAACUUGCAACUUGGAUUGAUAUCCAUGAAUGAUGAGUAUAAAAUAAGUAUAAGCCAUUUAAGGUCCGUAAAAAAAAAUGAUUUACUAGUUAUUAAAUGUAAUUAAUCAUGCCAUAUCUCGGGAGGUAGGGAAAAUCAUUAGGCCAGCCAAUGGCAGUAUUGGCAUUAUGUAAUUUAUGGCAUUAUCUUACCAGUCAGUGCCAGUAACACUGAAAACUACAAUAUGAUAAUGUAGUCAUAGUCGUACAGUAAAUUGGUAAAGGUAGGACUGGACUCAAAAUUUUCAUAACUUUAAGAGCUAGCUAGUUCGAUAGAUCCUCAAAAAAGCAAUUCAUUGAUUCCAAUCUUAUGUUUGCACAUUGUAGGUCAAUUCACUGAAGAAAGUUAAAGUUUUUUUUUUUUUUGCGCAGUAUUUUGGGAUAAAUCAGUUAAAUAUAGUAUAAAACAAUUUUAAAGUUACUAAAAUAAGGACAAGGCAGCAUGGGCGCCCGCAGAAAAUGGGCAAAAAUUUUUUAGUAAUGUUUUAAUGUAGUUUUAAUUUACUGUAGCGUAUUUGUAUGGUGAACGAACAGACAAGACAUCAGCUUAGUUACUUUCUCUUUAUUUUCUCUUUACUUUAAUAAAUUUUUUGUCUAAAAUUUUUUAAUCCAAUCAAUCCAGGGGGGGCAAGUGCCCCCCCCCCUUGCCCUCCCCUGCGGGCACCCAUGCUAGGCAGAGAGUUGAAAUAGCUGAUAAAAAGAGCAGUAGUAAAUUAAAGUUAUGUAAGUAAUUAAUGAAGAUAACCAUAAGUCUCCAUAUAGUUCCACGAUUGUCAUAAUAACUUUAUCCAAACAAGAUAUGCUGUAAAUUCUCCUUUACUCAAAAUGAGCUCAUUAACGCUGGUUUUUGGGCAUCGAUUUUUGCUCAUUCGGCAAUAAAAAACUUGAAAAGAAGAAAUUUUCUGUAUAUUUCAUUCUCUUUCCGAUUCGCUUUUGAACUUCUCUAUAGAUUAACGAAUAAAGAAAUAUAUAGCAUUGAAAUAUGACGUCGACAUGACGUCCUUGGUAUUACAGAAAAUUUGUUUCCUUUUUGUUAUGACAACAAUGUGACAUCCUUGGUAAUUGAAAGUGGGUAAUGUUGACGUCAUCGGUAGCGAAGUGGUUAAUAUUAAAAAUAGUCAUCAAAUUUAUUUACUGUUUCUACUUUAAUUUAGCAUCAAUAUUUCAUAGAAAUGUAAAUUCGUUGCAUUCAGUCUGUAGCCUUUUAGGCAACAGCGAUUUAUAAGCAUCUGUUAAAGAUGUUGCCUGCUAUAUUUGUCAUUUCCUCCAGUAUUUUAUCAAGGUCUUUACUUUUUUACAUUUGUUUAUCCAAAAAGCCACAUGUCCUUUUUUAAAAUAAAUGUGUAGUGUUGGUUGCUACUGAAAAAGUUUCUAUGUGAAAAAGAAAUCACUGAAAAAUAAAAUGAAAAUUUUAAUUUUGAGCCUGUUUAAACAUUAAGCAAACAUCAUUAUGGCAUAGGCCUACAUUUAAGUAAUUCACAUUUUACAAGCUAAAUAAAACAAUUAUAAAUAAGCCCUACUCAUAAAAAUAUUGAGACUUGUGCUGCUUCGACAACUAUUGCCUAUAAAGUGCAAAUAGGAUUAUCAUUAUGAAGUCAUAUGAGAGGUCUGUAUUUAAACAAGUAAUAAAGCAAUGCUUUUAUUAUGAAGUAUUUCAAAAUACCAAUUCAUCUAAAGAUUAAGCAAAUCUCAAUUUUUAAAGUUUAUUUACUAUUUCCAUACUACACAUGAGUCAGGUAUCCCAGACCAAACUCCUAAAUAAGCCUAUUUAAAUGAAGAAAAGCAACAAAAUAUUUAUUUAAAUCAAAUUUUAAAUAUUAAUAUUAAUUUAUUUAGUAAUCAGAUUACUUAAGAUUUAAACAUGACUUGCUUAGGUUGAUAGGAUCAAAUGUCUGCUAUCUUAAAAAUGGCACCCAGGGCAGAAACACCCAUGUGGUGACUGUUUUGAAACUUUAAUAAAUUUGUUGGGGUAGGGUGGGGGGAAGUUUUAUUUGCCGAAUCUUGUAAAUAGUUGGAUGCUUUAAACCAGGCCUGUACAACAUACGGUCUGAGGGUUAGCAGCCUGCAAAGAAACAAAAUAUUCUUUUUUAUUAUUACUUUCUUAAUAGCUUAUUUGCUCACAUUAUGAGUUGUGCAGGCCUGCUUUAAACAGUUGUAAUCAUAAAAAUUGUGUAUAUUUGAGAAAUGAAACAGUAAACUUACCUUACUUCAAAAAAUUCUUGAUAAAAAUCGGGGAAAAAUGGUAUUGUUCAGCAUCGGAUUCUCUUUUAUAUGACAUAUCAUACAAACUAUGUAACUGAGAAAUGACAAAGAAACACAUAUUUUCCCAAAGCAUAAACAAUGUUAACAUUCAAGAUAAAAAGUUAGGUAAAAUUAAAUUAAAUUGAAAUUUUUUUUAAAUGCAUAAAUCAAUUAAUUAAAUUUAAAGAAAUAACAGGAAUAAAAAAUUACUAGUGAAAUUGAUUGGAUAAGUAAGUCCAGCAUUAAACAGAAACUCGUCCCUCUCCCAUAGACAGCGACAAGGCCAUGACAUGCAAUUCCGGCUCAAACCAGCAAGAAGGCAGAAUAGGAACUGCUCAUUCCUGCCAAAGACAAUCAGGAACUGGAACAAGCUUUCAAAAGGAACAUUUGAGGCGACAACAUUUGACAUAUUUGCAUCUAUUGCCUCAGGCCUUCCAACCCAAAGUGCAUGCUACCCUCACAAAGUAGCCCUUGCAACCAGGAAAAUAUCCUCAUCAACACCAGGCACAGAAACAUUGCAAAUCCCCUCUACAUGCAUAGGAGCCAAAAUGAUCAAUAAAUUGAGCGUGUGCCCUUAAUAUAUAGAAGAUGAAGAAGAUGUUAAUAUUUUAUACAAUAGCAAAGGUACUACAGGAAAAAUAAUCAAUAAUGAGUAUUUGGAACAAAUAGUACUAGGAUUCAUACCCGGGUUUGGCAAAUAGUCAUUCCAAAAAACUUGGAUUCUGUACCCCGUGAAAAUAAUUACACGGUUGUUCCCUAUAAUUCAUGUAAGUGUAAUUCCAGCCACUUCAAUUAAACAUAACAAUAUUUUUAAUAUUGGCUAAUUUUGAUGUUUAUUCAACAGAUAGGCCUAUUCUCUACACCAGAAUCACAGUGUUCUUAAAAAAAUGGCAAAUCCUAAAGCGCCAGGUUCUGUAAUGAAUACCAUGUUGGUGUUCACAAUUAUGAUGGUGGUGCUGCCAAUAUUUUCAUACUUCUUUAGCAAAUCAGUAAUAUUUGAAGGUAAGUAAAUGUCUUUAUUAUUGAAUUUCUUUAUUAUAAUUGUAUCAACAAAAAAUGGUCCAAUUGAUAAUUUUUUAAUUAAAAUGUUAAAAAUAUUUAAGAGGUAAAUUUUAUCUGUCAAAUAUCUUUGAGCAAUAUGAUUAUUUUAAAAAUUGAGAAUUUAUAACUGAAGUUAAUGUUUCUAGCUGUAUCGGAUUUUUCUUAUAAGUUAUGUUAGUAUUUGGGCUUUGCAUGGAUUUCCAACACACACCCCCCCCCCGUUCCCUUUUUUUUUUCUUUCUUCUUUCUUUCCUUCUCAGACACUUUAAAGUGAUUUCAGUCUUAUCUUCACAUGGUUAGCCCAUAUCAUGAUUGGGUUUAUACUUUUAUAACUGAAGUUAAUGUUUCUAGCUGUAUCGGAUUUUUCUUAUAAGUUAUGUUAGUAUUUGGGCUUUGCAUGGAUUUCCAACACACACCCCCCCCCGUUCCCUUUUUUUUUUCUUUCUUCUUUCUUUCCUUCUCAGACACAUUAAAGUGAUUUCAGUCUUAGCAUCACAUGGUUAGCCCAUAUCAUGAUUGGGAUUAUACCAAAAUUAUCAAUAAAUUGAUCGUGGGCCCUUAAUAUAUAGAAGAAGAUGCCUUUUAGUGUUAGAACAGGUGGCAUGUUUUUUCAGUAUUGUAUCAGUAAGGGUAGCUUCAAAACAUUGUGGUACCAUUAUGCUAAUAUGUUAGAGCAUUGUUGAAAUACACUGACAUAAUCACACAUUUAUUAAAGUAGUGUGCUUUUUCCUUUCUGUAGGUGUGUUUGGAAUGAUCCACACAAGCAGCUACUUCUAUGCUGCAGUAGUUGCAAUAUCUGUAGUUCAUGUUAUCUUGGGCAUGUUCAUUUAUGUGGCUUGGAGUGACGAUUCUAGACCUGUUCCCCAAUUCAAAGCCGACUGAUCAUCUUUGAUUCCCUCCAAGUGCAGUGUGUAUGGUUUGGUGCUGAUGUGACUAGUGUGUGAAGUGCUGUUGAGUAGCAGUGACCAGGGUGUGAAGUGCUGCAGAGUAGCAGCUAUGUAUUAAUAACUACUUGUCCUAGUUGUAAUUUGUUAUAGUGGCAUUCAUUACUCAAAUUAUCUCUCUUUUCACUUUUUUUAAAUAUAUAUUUUUUUCUAUCGGGAAGUAUGAAAAGGUAUUUCAAAGUUUUAGUUUUAUCAACUUCAGGAAGAAGUGGAAGUAGAAUUUAAAAACAAAUGCAAAUGUUUUAAUUAAAAAAAAUUAUUAGCUUGUGUAUUUUGAUCCAAAUGGCAGUUCUAACGGGAGACUUAAUUAUUAAUGCUGGCUGACUAUUGAGUGACAUGUUUUUUUUGUUUUGUUUUUUUUUCUUGAAAAAUCCAUGACUGUGUAGUUUUCCUUGGUCAUCAGAAUUUGGUGACAGAUAAUAUUAAAUUGUUAAAAAGGUCCUGCCACUAGCUUAUUAAAAAUGAAUAGGGGACGAAAGCUUAUUCAUUAUUUGUGUAAAACAUUUUUGGUACAGAAAAUAAUUUUAAGUUCCUCUAAAUAUUUAAUGAAAAUACUAUAGUUAAGUUUCUCAUUCUGCUGAGCAUUUGACAUUCUUCUCUACUCUCUAGUUCUCAAUUACCUGUGAGGGAUUUUUAAAUCUGUUUUAAAGAAAAUAAUAUUUAUAGUCUUGAUUUGUCAGCUUGUUUAUCCAAUAUUUAUGAACUGUCAAAGUUUUUAGGACCACCUUAUUGCUGUUGUUUUCUUUUUAAAUUAAAGAAAUGCUGUCUAAAAAUUGUAGGUAAAGUUUGACCAACUUAUUACACUACUGUUUACUCUUUUAGAAUCAACGUUAAUAAUAAUGACCUUUCUCUUCUAGAAUCAACAUUAAUAUAGAUUACCUUGGAUAUGAAUUUAUCGCCAUUAUUAAAAAAUGAAAUCAGAAACAUUUUCCUAAAGUAACUUAAGUACAGUAGUGAUGUGCUGAAACUAAAUAAAAUUUUAUGUUCUAGAGGACUGUCACUGUUUUUGAUUCCAUUACUUUUGUGUCAUUUUAUGCAUUAAUGUUUUAACUAAUAUUUAUCUAACAAAAGUUGCCAUGUGUGUGUAUUGAUUGUAUAAGGAUAAUAUUAAUAUAUAUUUAUUUUUCAUUAGGUAAGCCGUAGUGCAUUUUAUACACCCUCACAAAAGUUAUGAAUGUCAAACAGACUUCAAAUUUAAAAAAAAAUAAGCAUUUGCUGUACUAAACAAUUAACUAUAUAAUAAUGUAUAUAUUGUUUGUUCUACACAUGGCCUUUUUUGUCAUAUUAUUGUAAUCAUUUUAUUUUUUCCUUUUUCUCAUUUUUUAAAGAAUGUGAAGUUGUUAUAACUUAUAAUAAAAGCCAAUUUAGCAUGAAUUACUCAUUCUUGUUGUACCGGUAAUUAUUUCUACACAUUUUUUGUUUUUUAACUGAAAAGUAUUUUUUAUUUAUCACUCCCCAAUUUAUAAGUAACAAUAAGACCACUUGUGGGAUGCUUCUAAAAUCAUCAAUUUUUUUCCCAAACUAUACAUUUCUUGAAGGAGUAUGUUUCUUUAAUGCCCUGUGCGAAACAUCAAUUUCUCAUUGUAACAGAAACUACUGAAUGUUUGAAAAAUGUUUGUAUAUUUCACUACCGGAAACAUACUGUUAUUGAUUUGAUAUUUUUAAUACUAUUGAUUAAACACAGUAAUUAUGAUAAUGGAAUUAAAUUGCGUUUUUUAAAAAUGGCAGUUGUUUUUAAUAAUAUAGAAAAACAACAUAACUAGUUAAGUAUCACACCUUGUGUGGACUCAAUGUAACUUCCUUGUUGUGGCCACUUGGGAACCUCAUUUUGUCCACCUUGUAACCUUAAUUUGUAUGCCCUUUUUGGCUUUGUAAUUUCCUUGUGUGGCGACAUUGUAACUUCCUUGUGUGGCCACUUGGGAACCUCAUUGUAUGUCCACUUUGUAACCUCUAAUUCUAUGCCCAUUUUGACUUUGUAAUUUCCUAGUGUGACCACUUUUUAACUUCCACGUGUGGCCACUUUGUAACUUCCACGUGUGGCUGCUUUUUAACUUUAUUUUGUGGUGACUUUCUAAAUUCCCUGUUUGCAACUAAUGUGGCCACUUUGUAACCCUAUGUAGACACAUAGUAAACUUGAGUGAUCAAUCUAUAAGCAUGUCAGUUAAAUCUACAGCUUAAUGGUACUGCUGUCAUAUAUCAAAGCAAGAGGCUUUUACCUGGUGUGUUGGGCCACAAAGAUGUGUCAUGGAAGUGUUAUUUCAGAUGAUUUAAGUAAUAACAAUUUUUGGUAGCAUAGGUAUUUUGUGGAUUGGAUCUAAAAAGCUAUGUUAAGAUGGUCCUGAUAAUAUAAUCCAUUUAAACAUAAUAUAUUCAUCAAUAAUUUCUGAGACAAUGCUUUUGACUCAAAAAGCAGUGUCUUGUACAUAAUUUAUAAGAAAAAUACUGGGAGGACUGGGUUCAGGUUGAAGUAACAAGAAAUAUACAAAGGGUGGAGGAAAACUUGAAAGAGGACAACACUUUUGGACAGCAAAGAAAGAGUGAGACAAACACUUGUUAGCAUGUUGUAAAGUUGUGUGGAGUGUUUUCUCUGAGUGUCUUAGCUGUUGAAAUUGUUUUGCCUUAAACAUUUGCUUUUUUUUGUUUUGUCCUUUGUCAGGUUUCCUCUACCCUUUGUAUAUUUCAAUAAAUUGCUGGUUGGCAUCCUGUAUAUCAAUUCAUCCUAUGUGCAUACUGAUGUUGGUGUUCAUGUAAAUUUUGUCAUUGCCUUUUAUGUACUUGAUUAGUUGUUGUUACCGAUGGCAUGGCUCCAUCAUUUGUGCUGGGUUCAUACUAAUUUAUUGAGCUCAUAUAUUGAGUAAUCCAGGGUAAAGGUCCAGAGGUUGGAGAUGUAAUUUACUAGCAUCAUAGGAACUGUAAUAAAAUCUGUCUCAACCAGAUUGCCUUCAGUAAAUUCUAAAACCAUCAGCACAAUGGUAUUGUGAUAGUGAAGUUAAAAUUUUAAAAAGUGUUAUUUGGAUAUUUAGUGAUAUGAUUUUGAAAAUUGUCAUUUGGACAUUUAUUGAUGUAAUAAUUAAAAAAAGCUUGUUAAGGACUAACAAUAACACUUUUUAAGUCAACAAUAACACUUUUUAAGUCUUUUUCCUGUUAUAAAAUUCAUAAUAGGUAUUAUAAUACUCACACAUGCCUUUUCAAAGAGGGAUUGGAAAUGUGUCAUUGUUUUCAUACGCAAUGUUUAGAAAAAUUAUUAUACUCUUUUUAAUAAAAUAAAUAACAAUAACAAUACACUUGCUUUUUUAAAUUUUAAGUUAUAUAUCUAGCAACGUUUUCAGAAUAGAAUAAUUGUUGAUGAAAUUAUUGAAAUUUAAACUUUUUGUUUAUUGCAAUUUUCAAGACAUGUUAGUAAUUUUGGAUGUUAAAAAUGGAACCUGCUGGCUGCAUGUAACCCUGUGUAUAAAAAAAUCAUGGGUGUCGUUUCUUGACUCACUUUGAGGACUACUGUUCCAUACAUUCCCUUAUAUGGUCUGAACUAAAUCCUCUGCUCUGGACUCAGACUAAAAUUUAUACCAAUAGAUUUUAACUAAUGAAUUAUUUUAAACAGCACAUUUUUGGCCUAGAAAAUUUUAGUUUGUUACUUUGAUAAAAGUAUUUUUUUAAGAGAAUGCCAUGUGAUUAGUUGAUGUAUGAAUGCUUCCAAAUGAUUUGGUACCGGUAUGUGAAGGGAGAGAAGUAUAAAUGCCUUUGAUGUAAUGUUAUUUUGUUGCAACUGCCAUCUAUUGUGUGAUGCAAAUCUUGAAUGUAAUUGUAAUUUGUAAUCAAGGAGAUUUUAUGUAUAAAUUAUUAACAGGAUUAAAAUGUUAUCUUUAAUUUCAU